AUGAAGUUUUGGCAUCCCAACGAUAAAGUAGACCUUGAUUUUAGAAAAAUGGAAAAUCGAAUAUUUGGUUUCUUAUCCAAAGAAGAUUUGAAAAAUACGGCGUUAGCACUUUCCUGCACUUAUGCAUUAUCACGACACAGAUAUUCCCUGAGGGGAAUUCUCGAGAUGUCGAAAUAUGCAAACUAUGAGUUAAAACCAACGACGUGGAAUACUGCAUUACGGGGACGAGAAAAACCGAUCGACGUAAUAGCCGGGGCUCAUCCUGAUUGUUCACUUUUGAUAUUCACAUCUUACAAAGAUCAUCUAGAAAUAUUCAAGAGACUCGUACUCGCAUAUACAAAUGACCCAUUCCAUCGCAAUGAAGUAGAAGGAAGUCCAAUGAACGGAGCAAUCAUCCCACGCGAUUUAAGUUUCUUCUCGCAUCAAUAUUUUUAUCUCAAGCAAAGAAUGAGUGGAUACGCUACAAGUUUAGCACAGGAUGUAGUCAGUGAAAUUAGAAAGGAAGUAAAGAGAGCGCCAAUUUGCGUUGCUGCUCAAUCAAAUAAUCGAAAAGAGGAGUAA